AUGCCUGGAUGGGACGACAAUUCUUUGGGUUAUCACAGUGACAAUGGAAAAUUUUUUUGCCAUUUAAAUAUGACAGGGAUUGCAUUCGAAAGUAAUAACCUUAUAAAGAAAGGUGCUGCAUUAUAUCCUUGUGUUGGAUUUAGUAUGUUACAAAAAUCGGGUAUAGGAGGAUCUGCUGAAAUAAAUUUUGGACAUCGAAUGUUAAAAUAUGAAUCAAUAACUAAUUUUGACAUUUAA